GGAGCGAGAGAGGCAGUCGCUCCAUAUAUCGGUUGUUAAGCGUCUCCCACGCAGACGGCGGCAGUAUGCAGCUCGAAAUAAAGUUAAGGCACCGACAAAUGUAAAACACGCGAAUAACGUUACAGGUGUAUCAAUGCUUGUGAAGGGCAUGGCUGCAGGAGACAAGCCCGUUUCUGAGUUACUCAGAGAAGUUGCUAACCGCUUAGAUUGUACGUCUUCACCUCAGUCUGAGUGUUGCAGCAGCGUACUGGAGAUGAAGCGGUCCGUGGUCCAAGUUCUCAUCAAAACAGCACAGUGUUAACGUUAACAAAUGCUAACGCUAUCACAGCUAGCUCCACUCCACCAAACGCUGUUCAGGCUGAAGUCGCAAGACUGUUUGCCCCUUACAGAGCGAGGCCUUCCUCAGCGCCACUUUCAUCUCUGACCCCGCAAUCUUCCAAGAAAGCAUGCUGCUCCAUUUACACACACACCUUCUUCUGUUUACAUGACCAUGUCAGACACAGUGCCAGCUAAAGCAGUCAAAUUUGACCUAUCAGCAGCUGGACUUGGAGAGAAAUGGAUUUCAUUCCAAGGAAGGGAUGAUGACCCAGAAGUGGUCAAGGCGAAGAUUGAGGAUACCUUCCCUCAGCUAAAAGACACAGGAGGGUUUGAACCGCUGAGAAUCUCGGGUACAACACGAAGCCGUAACCUGCGCACAAUCCCAAGCCCAGACACUGGAUAUACAGUGCGAUAUCUCCGCAGUCCAUUGAGUGGAAUUGGACAAGCUUUGAUCUAUAUAAGGCCACUGCAGAAAAGUAUUGAUCUGGAAGACGUGAGUAAUGACUAGGCCUGACAACCCUCCAGCAACAAGGACCCCCCACAAAAUGCCUGAAUUGUGACAUUAACAUUCCUUUAAAUAAAAUGAAAAACCACAUCACUAAAUGCACAAGUUCAUUGAGUGGUGCUGAACCUCAGUCUGUUACUGAAAGUCAGGCUAGGCAGACUCGUAGUGCAACAGCAAGGUCAGAGGUCCCAUCCUGUAGCAACAGUGAUGCCUGGAAUCUGUCCUGCGGGGUAGAGGAACCAGAUGGUAUCAUCUUGGACUCCACCAUAAAUUCAGCAAGAGCAGAGCAAUCGUCAGGUGAUAUGGUAGUGCAGGAAAAUGCAUCUCAUCAAGAUGACGAAAAGUCACUUCUAGGGGAAAAACCAGAGUGGAAAUGUGAACAAGAUGCAACCAGAGCAGCCUGGCUCUACAAGUCCGAGUUACUUUCAAAGUAUGAGACCAGAAAGGCAGUAGUCCUGCAAAUGGACUUGCGGGAAAGUAUUGUGGGUCAACAGAGGUCACUUAUCUCCCUCUACAAAGCCCCAAAGGUAGAGUGGGCGGGGCCUGUCAGCUGCAAACUGGAAGGGGAUGUUGCUGUUGGAGAAGGGGUGAAGAGAUUCUUCUUCUCAAAGGCAGUUUCUCUAGUACAGUCUGGUUUGCAUUUGAAUUUUGGGAACACAGAUCUUACAAGACUGUUUGACGGUGAGCCAGAACACUUGACUCCAUCCACUUCUCAGACCUUGCUUGAGAGUGACAUGUUUUUGGUGGCAGGAAGAAUAAUGGGACAUUCAUUCAUUCAUGGUGGACCGUGUGUGUCUGGUAUAAGUCCUGCAAUCAUCCAUGUCCUUUUUGGGGGCUCACCUGAAACAGCUACAGUUCAGAAUGAGGAUUGCCCUGAUAUUGAUAUCCGCAGCACUAUUCAGCUGCUUGAUGGCACUGCUGAAUUAACAGAACUGGAACGAAGAAAUGUUCUCGAGCUAGCCCUGGCUUGGGACCUGCCAGGUGUCACACAAACCAAUAGAAAGUGGCUGUAUGAACGUCUGCUAUUCCACGCUGUCAUAACACGAACAAGUCGUCAAGUCAAGCAGCUGAGGAAAGGGCUUAAGGAGACCAUGGUAUGGCCGCUUCUGGCAGAAAGAUCAGACAUCAUUCCUCUUUUCUUACCAAGGGAAUCAGAGACGGCUCCCUGUUGUGAGUCUAUUCUAGAAAGGAUAGUGUGGCCUGCCACAGAAGAUGAAGCUGAGGAGGAAGAGGAAUGCUCUCUUGAGGAUAAAUGCAGAGUGGCAGGUUACCUUCGGUCCUUCAUUGAAAAUGCGUCUUGUGCACAACGAAAAGCCCUCAUCAAGUUUUGGACAGGAUGGGAAGUCUUGCCGAGAGAAAUGACUGUGGAAGUGGUCAACAGCAGUCUCCCAAAGUUUUCCACCUGUUUUGAAGUUCUACGUCUUCCUGCACACUACUGUACCUAUGAGUCAUUUCUGAUGGACAUUGAGGUGUGUCUCAACUGUACUGACUCAGGUUUUGGUCUGGUUUAGGAUUGAUUCCAUAACCACAUGGUAAGAUAAGACAAUUUUUUCUUUCUUGCAUUAGAUUACUGUAUUCAGUGUUCAAAGAAAGUGACAAUUUACUGAGUUCUAGUUCCUUUAAUACACUUUAAAGUGAAAAAUGCACAGUACAGGUGAGCAUUUCUGGCUUUUUUUUUUUUUUUUUUUAAUAUAAACUGACAAAAAGUUCAGAAAACAAAAUCAGUCGUUCACUGUACAUUAUAAAUUACACAGUAUGUUUUGUUUAUACUCGCUACUGGUACAAAAAAAAUUUUGUAGGAAAAAUUAUUUGCAUUAAGAUGUUACACUACUGUUCUGUGUGCAUUUUAUUAAAUCUGCUCAGAGUUGAUAUGUACUGUACAUCCAAGAAAUGAACAUCAUUAAAGUGACAGCUGUGUAAAAAAAA